CACCAGGGUUGCGUUUUGCCCUUGGAGCUGCUACAAAUGCGCAAUCCAUCGGCACGUUCCGUUCUGGCACAGCAACCCGACGCAGCAUCAACCGACCAACCAGGCGCAGCGUCGCCGAUCCAGACCGACAAACGCGCGCGCUAACCCUCCGUAGCAGCAGCAGCAGCAUGGAUUCCGGUACCGGCAUGGGCUCCGGAACCGGCGAAGCAGCGUGGCGCUCGCGCGCGGUGUGCGGCACGGAGUACAGCUGGUGCCGCGCCGCGCCGGGCGGAACCGGCACCACGCUCAUCGCGCUCCGACUCUCGCGCGGCGGCACGGCGGCCGAAGCCGCGGUCCGCGCCCUCCAGAGCGCCCACCCCGUCCUCCGAGCCCACCUCCUCGGCCCCGCCUCCAACCCCACCCUCGCCUUCCCCUCCCCCGCGCCGCAGCUACGCCUCGCGCCCCAGCCAUGUGCGCUCGACUUCCACUCCCUCCUCGAGCGCGAGAUCAACCGCAACCCGUGGGCGGCCGCCGCGCCCGGGCCUGACGGUGCCCCGGUGCUCUUCGCCGCGCUCUACGAGCUCCCGCCGCCCGCGGACGGGGCGGCGCUGUUCGUCCUGGUCCACACGGCCGUGUGCGACCGUGCGGCGUCCGAGGCGCUGCUGAGGGAGCUCCUCGCGCUGCUGGGCGGCGCGGGUGUUGGCGGCCCGGAGGUGAAGGAGGAGGCGGCGGCGGUGGAGGCGGGGUUGGAGAAGAGGAUACCGAAGAAGGACGCGCGAAAGCCGUUGUGGGCGCGUGGGGUGGACAUGGUGGGCUACUCCAUCGACGGGCUCCGCGCGUCCACGCUGCCGUUCGAGGAGACCGGCACGGCCAGGUCGACGCAGAUGGUGCGCCUCCGGUUCGGCCGUGAGGACACGACGCGGCUGCUCGCUGCGUGCAAGGAGAACGGAGUGAGGCUUUGCUCAGCCAUGGCUGCGGCGACGAUGCUAGCUGCACGGCAAUCGAAGAAGCUGUUCAACAGCGGCCAGCAAGAGACGUACUCCGUUGCAACCCUCAUCAACUGCCGCGAGUUUCUUGAGCCACCUUUGAACGAUCACAACGUUGGGUUCUUCUACUCUGCUGUCACCAACACCCACAAGGUAAAUAGAGAGGGAGGGCUGUGGGCGCUGGCCAGGAGGUGCCAUGAUGCCCACAGCAACGCCAAGAACAACAAGAAGCACCUCGCCGACAUCCGCGACCUCAACUUCCUCAUGUGCCGGGCCAUCGAGAACCCGCAGCUGACCACGGCCUCCGCGCUCCGGACAGCCCUCGUCUCCGUGUUCGAGGUGCCGUCGACCUUGGACGUGUCUGAUCUGCAGAGCAUGGCUGGUGUGGAGGACUAUGUCUGCUGCGCCACCGUGCAUGGCAUCGGCCCGUCGAUCGGCCUGUUCGACUCUAUCAGGGAUGGCAAGUUGGAUUGUGCGUGCCUGUACCCUUCUCCUCUGCAUUCCAGGAAGCAGAUAGAGGGGGUGCUUGACAAGGUGAAGAUGAUUUUACAGGAAGGGAGCAACCCAAGUGAUGACAAGAAUGAAAACUGCACGUAGUCUUCCCUCCAUUACACGAAGGGGGGAACGGAAUGAUGACCCCCACCUACGUUGCCAAAUCACCAAAAAAAAUCAUGCAUCAUUAUUUACACACAAGCCACAUAAAAAUGGGACUAGCUAGCAGACAGUCGACUGAAAAUUUAUUUGUGUCAGUCAAUUGACCAAAGCUUGGUUCAGUCGAUUUGUGUACUAGCCAAGUUUCUCUUGGGCCCGGUGCAUGCUGCUCCUUUCACCAACUAAUAACAGUAACGCUGCGUUGCCGAAUACUUUAAUCCCACAGUACUGUACCAUAAGCAAGUUGUGUUAUGAGAGACACGAUUGGAUUGAACAC